AUGGACAAUUCCAAAAUGAACUCUUUCUUGGAGUACACGAUCUGUAACCGAGGAACGAACGUUUACUCGCCCAAGUCUGGAUACCAUCACUUAGACCAGGCGUUCUCGGCCCCCUUCCACCCAGGCGUCGGCCAAACUAGUGACAGCUACAACGCUGAUGGACGACUUUACGUGGGGGGCAGCGCCCCGCCAGCGACCGCACAACAUCAGCACCAGAACGGAGGCUUCGCACAUCACCAGCCACAAUCACAUCACAGCGGCAUGGGCCUUCCUUAUGGCACUACAGGGACCACUGGGUAUGGGACACAGGCGUGCGCCAACCCAGAUUAUGGCCAUCACCAGUACUUUAUAAACACUGAGCAGGAUGGAAUGUACUAUCAAUCACCGGGCUUUUCUACUCAAAGUGUUGGGCCUAACUAUGGCUCUCUCGCCGGUGCGUACUGUGGAGUGCAGAGCGCGGUUCCUGCGGCGCCAUAUCAACACCACAGUUGUGAAGGCCAGGACCACCAGCGGGGCUACUUACAGGGUACCUACGCCGACAUAUCUGCUACCCAGGAUAGGGAGAGGGAAUCGGAACAAACGCCACUGGGGAAGACCUUCGAUUGGAUGAAAGUAAAAAGGAAUCCACCGAAAACAACUAAAGUGGCCGAGUAUGGGCUGGGAGCACAGAACGCAAUUCGCACCAACUUCACCACGAAACAGCUCACGGAGCUCGAGAAGGAGUUUCACUUCAGUAAAUAUCUCACACGCGCUCGGCGAGUCGAAAUCGCUGCCACUCUGGAACUAAACGAAACGCAAGUUAAAAUUUGGUUUCAAAAUCGGAGAAUGAAACAAAAAAAGCGUGAAAAGGAAGGUCUCGCACCGUCCUCGUCUGCCUCGUCCAAGGACCUCGAGGAUAACUCGGAUCACUCCACGUCAACAUCUCCAGGCGCGUCCCCGGGCCCUGAAACCUAA